UUGAAAGUGAAGCUUGGGCCCCACCACUCCAAAGAACAACAAAAAAAAUUCACACGACGACUCGAUUACUAGCGGCACACUCCAGAGUCUCAAUUCAGAUUGACGGCUUUCUAUACGACGUAUCAUUGAUCACAUCCUUGUUUUCUCAAUAAAAUUCGUACAAACCCGCCAUGGAUUCUCGCAAAAGAAAAGCCCCCAUCGACAUCUAUCGCCGUGUCAAGGUGCGAAAGGAUGUGCCUGAAUCUGACGACGAGGGAUGGGACGGCGUCUCAAACGGAAGUGAGGUUGAUGAGCGAGAUGGGAGCGGAGAGGACGAGGAAGAUGCAGAGGACCAAUCUGAGGGCCAAUCAGAGGAUUAUGAGAGCUCUGAAGAACCCGAGGUGGACGCCUCCAGCAUAUCAUUUGGAGCUCUAGCAAAGGCCCAAGACUCCGUCCCAAAGCCAGCAAAACGCAGGCCCGGAGCAUCUCCCGCUGCUGGCCAGGGCCGUCGUCAUCGCCUUCAGACCGGCGACGACUCCGAGUCGGACUCGGAAGGCUCGGACGGCUCCGCCGGCUCGGGCGACGAGCUGGCCAAGACUGGCCGGGAGAGCGGCGGGCGCGGCGCCGCCGACAAGUCCGCGGCGGCGGGUGCGGCCCCCAAGCCCAAGAAGAAGAAGAGCAAGAGCGCGCCCGAGGAGGUGUCGUCCAAGCGGCGCGUGUCGCGCUACCGCGAGGUGGUGACGCGCCUGCCCAACGCGCGGCCCAAGGCGCGCGACCCGCGCUUCGAACACCCCGGCGCCGAGGAGGGGGAGGAGGAGACGGCGGCGGACGCGGCGCGGCGGCGGCGCAACUACGCCUUCCUGGACGAGUACCGCGACGCCGAGCUGCGGCAGAUGCGCGAGACACUCGCGGCCAGCAACAGGGCGGCGUCGUCCGCCGCGGGCAGGAAGAAGCGGAAGCGGGGCGGCGACAAGACGUCGCAGCUGUCGCCCGAGGAGCGAGAGGAGCUCAAGCGCAACAUCAUGGCCAUGGAGAACCAGAACCGGGCGCGCGAGCGCAAGGACAGGCAGGAGGAGCUGCUGGCGGAGCACCGGAAGAAGGAGAAGGAGCUCGUGAGGCAGGGCAAGAAGCCCUUCUACCUCAAGCGGUCCGAGCAGAAGAAGAUGCUGCUCAUGGACCAGUACGCCGGCAUGUCAAAGGGCCAGGUCGACAAGGCCAUCGAGCGCAAGCGGAAGAAGGUGGCGGGCAAGGAGAAGAAGAUGCUCCCGUUUGCCAGGAGGGGGGCGACAGAGAACUGAGGAGGAAGGCGACAGGAUCAAACUUGCCAUUGCACUUCUCUGGCGUUUCUUUUUUCGUGCAAAGCGUGGUACAGACAACGCAUUGGCAAAUAACAAAGCGCGCUUGAUUGAAAUUCGGCUUCUAUCAACCAUCUAAGAGUUGUGUUCCUGUCUAGCGAUAAUAUCAUGGCUGUUUACAUUUACAUAGUCGCAACCAAAAAAGACUCGUGUUAUAUAUACAUGG